AUGGAGUCCGGCCUGCCUACUACAUAUGGUGAUGCUCGAAAGGAAGAGCUUUUGCCCAGUCCCAGGGCCGAGGCGCCCGUCGCGGAUCCUCACGAUAGGACGCGACGCAUUCGACUCGUUCGGUUCUUCGCACUGUUGAUACUCGGAAUAUACUUCAUCAAAAGCAAAAUACUCGACGCCGAUGAACUCAGAAAGGCCACGGAGAUUAUGGUUUAUCCUGCAUCGUGGACCUACUCGGCGUUUUCGCCACACUACGACCUAUACGAGGCUUCUGUCGCGGAUCUGCAAGACGGGCUCGGACGAGGGCUAUUCACCUCAGUGGACCUGACAAAGGCCUACCUUGCACGCAUUGACGAAGUCAACGUCGUUGGGCCGGAGUUGCGCGCAGUGCUGGAGACGAAUCCGCGGGCACUAGAGCAAGCUGCUGCACUUGAUGCGGAACGUCUUGCGAAUAGGACGCGCGGACCCCUACACGGGAUACCGAUAUUGCUGAAGGACAAUAUGGCAACGGAUGUGGAGCUGGACGGCAUGAACACGACUGUGGGCUCGUAUGCUCUCCUUGGUUCUCAUCCUCCUCGCGACUCAGCCGCGGCUGCGCGUCUACGCGAAGCGGGCGCCAUCAUUCUAGGCAAGACAAACCCGAGCGAGUGGUCGCACGGUCGCGCACCAUCGCAAAUAUCAGGCUGGAGCGGGCGCGGCGGACAAACGCUCAACCCGUACUUCGUCAACGGCAAUCCCUCGGGCUCCAGCUCUGGAAGCGGUGUAGCAGCCGCUAUAGGUCUGGCGACCGCUGCAUUGGGGACUGAGACUGACGGCUCCAUCAUCGGACCAAGUGCGGCCAACAACCUCGUGGGGAUCAAGCCGUCGGUCGGGUUGACCAGUAGAGCUGGUGUCAUCCCUAUCACCCACCUACAAGAUACUGUUGGACCUAUGGCGCGCUCCGUGGCGGAUGCGGCACUGCUGCUCGGUGUUCUCGCCGGCGUGGAUGGACGAGAUGAAGCCACCCUCAAACAGCCACAGCCUGUGCCGGAUUAUACGCGUGCACUCAACGCGUCAGGAUUGCAAGGUGCCCGAUUGGGUGUUCCGCGGGCGCUACUCGGGAAUCAGACCUUCAUGCCGAGCGUCAACUGCGCGUUCGAGGAAGCGCUGAAGGUCAUACAGUCGCUAGGUGCAGACGUCGUGGACCACGCAGAGCUACCGAGUACAGACGAGCUGCUCGUGAACGAGAGCGAGAUUGCUGCUGCUUUGGUCGAUAUGAAGUACGAUAUCGAGGCGUACAUCUCCGAGCUCACUUACGUGCCGACCAACGUGAGCGAUCUGGCGAGCCUUAUCAAGUUUAACGAAGAACAUGCCGAUCUUGAACUCCCUGAGCCCUGGCACUCUUCGCAGAGCGAUUUCGAAGAGGCCGUUGAACUGGUGAAAGAUGACAAGUACUACGAUGCUCUGGUGAAGAAUAAGGAUCUCGGCGCCACACGCGGCAUUGAUGGCGCAUUGAAGAAGUACAACGUCGAUGCGCUCGUGAUACCCUCGGUAGGCUUUGUCACUCGUGCUUCAGCUAUGGCAGGCUACCCGAUCAUCACCGUGCCCUUGGGCUUUCUUCCAGAGGACGAAGAGUCCGCACCGGCGAAUCCGUUGCGCGACUAUGGCCCUGGCAUGCCCUUUGGGCUGUCUUUCAUCGGCACCGCUUUCA